AUGAGCAUUGAACGGCUAAGCAAGGUUGUCGAGGCGAUCGAAGCUGAACCUACGCAUAUGCGACUUCUUCGGAUCCUUAAUCAACAAUUGGAAUAUCUAGUCCAUGAUAGACCUCGGAUGUCUGAAUUCUACGAGGAUCUGAAAAACGACAGUUUACUUCCCGAGAACGAGAUUCCACUGCCCGAAGGUACACUUGACGCCGCUUUGGACGAUUUGAUCCGAAGUGUUAAGGAGAAUGUAUUUCAACAAACAACAAUAAGGGGCAACGAGAGUAUCUCGGUAAAUGGAAGUGUGGAAAUCACCUGUGACAUGUUUCAGCAACUGCGCCCCGGCACUUGGCUAGAUUCGUUGACUAUCGCGGCAGCUAUGCAUCUAUCAGACAAACCGGCGUACGUUAAACACGGAUUGAGCGUCCUGUUGGACGAGGUUGGACCAGACGGUCAGCCUUAUCGUCUUGGGUGCGGGAACCUAUCGCUGUAUUUCACGGAGCAGGAAGGUGGAAACGCGGGUGGUGCAUAG